AAAUAGUAUGUAUAUUUCUCAUGUAAGCGUGUGCAUACGACUGUGUGUGAGUGUGUGAAUGUGAGUGUGUGCUGUGUGCUUGUCUGUAUGCGAACGAUUUGAUUCCGAUUUUAAACAAUACAAGCUACAAUUUGUUUUCAAAACAAUCUGGACGACUUGAAUGAAAAAACAGAGUUGAACGAAACAAUUAAGUAAUUCGAAGUUACAGAACCGAUCUUUGCGGACAAAUAGCUAAAUCAACCUCGCAAUGACGAUGAUAAUUGUGUGUUAUGUUUAAUCUGCUAUGAAUUUUAUUUAGCAUGGAAUUAUAUACUCAGUAAAUAGCGAAGUGGCCUGCCUGAAGCGAAAUGUUAUGGCAGUUUAGCGACCGAAGACUUUCGUUUCUUCAGCUGUAACGUAGUUUCUGAGUUACGCUCUUUUGUGCGUGUAUGUGUGUGUAUGCAUGUGUGUGUGUGUGUGUGUACUUGAGUGCAAGUGUGCCUUUUGAUAAGUGCGCAAAACUGUUUGCUAAGUUUGGUGAACAUGCUGCACGUCGAUAGUCAUGUAUAGCUAACUUACAGUACUUCGGUAAAUAGCACAAAAGUUUUACAGCAGAAGCCAUACUUAUCAGAAAUACAAGGAUGAUGAAGACCCUAACGAAAAAGCUGAGGAGACAUUCUCUCAAUGAAAUACAUCCUUUUCAGUUGAAGAUCUCGUACCACGGCGGCGAGGAGGGGUGGGAGAGCGAAGACUCGGAGGGGGAGAACCAGGAGCUGGCACAGAUCGACAGGGAGCGGAGGCGGAACAGUGGCCUGACCCCUCUGGCCACCAGCCAGCAGUACAACCAGGGCGGCCUGUCCCCGGCCCGGCUGCGGCGGCUCCGGGUCCUGCUGGACCCGGCGCUGGACCGGCACAGCUCCGAGGAGGAGCUGGAGCGCAUCAUCCGCGAGGACCGGCGCUGGGCGGAGCAGCGCAGCAACAGCAACAGCAACAGCAGCGCCUCCAGCGACGAGGAGGUGAAGGACCUGUGCGGGCCCCCGUCCGCCCCGGCCGAGCCGGGCCCCCGCCUGGCCCCGGCCCCCAGCCCCGUGCCGUUCAGCGCCUCGCCCCCCCACCACGGCCUGCUGCCGCCGCCCCGCGGCGCCCCCGCCAGGCCGCUGCUCCUGGGGCACUUCGACCCCCCCGCCGCGCCCUACCGCCGCCACCGGCCCGGGUACGGGACCGAGCAGCGCCGGCCCAGCCUGGACCUGGAGAAGAUGCAGCAGAAAAUGCUCCUGAAGAAGACCGGCGGAGGGAAGACCAGGACCAUAAAAAUUCGGAAUCUGAGCGGCAGCCGGCCCCCUCCCAGGUACGCGUAUGACCCCUCCGUCUUCGCCUUCCGGUCCCUGAGCACCAUCCCCCCCCGGAGUCCCCGCACCCCCCAGGAGGAACUGGCCUGAAUCCGGCCCGAACACACUGGACUCUCUGAAACACACCCCACGUGUGGACUCUCUCUGACCAGACCAGGCCAAAAAAAAAAACUUGAUAUUGAAGGCAAUAUUGUUUUAUUGUUAAGACUCCCUGUCAAUCUAGGUUUGUCUAUGUCACCGGAACAUUGCUUUAAGGAAGAAAAAAAAAGAAAAAAGAUUGUUAAUAGUAAUAAUAAUAAUAUUAAUAAUAACAGGUAAAUCUGUGGCCAGGGUGUGGAGGACUGACCAGCAGGGCGGGACUUGUUCGUUCACCCUUAGCCUUUGACCCAAUCACUCUCAGGUAUCCCAUUUGAUAGACAGCGGCGUCGCCAAGGCUACCGUUGACUACAAAACUACAAAGACCAGCAUGCAGCAGGUUUAUCCCCAGGGGUUGGCAGGGCUGUUUAGCAUUCGAAGGCCUACAGUAUCCUGCCAAACAGCACUCGGCUCCUGGGAUAUUUCAGGUAUUUUAUUUGUGAUUGGCCUGGUUGUUUUCAGGCCUUCACUGCCCCCUCCCCCCUCCCUGUAUGCUCAUUUUCACAGAAAGGAUGUGCGCUCUAGGGGAUGAACGAAGGGCAGAAUCUUAUGUUGCGGAAAACCGGAGGAAUUUUAAGUUUUGUGUGCGGACAGAACCACACAGUGCAUUCUUGAAGACAAUCUUGAGGGUUCCUUUGAAUUCUCUGAGGUACAAAUGCCCGUUUGAACCCGCUAAAGAGGCGUGCUUUAACGAACCCGUUUCCACUGUACUGCCCCCGGCCGAUCUGGCCUAUUUCAUCGCGCUGAGAGCGGAUAGCACUUCCUGUACUGUGACCUGCGACGGAGACCUAUUCGGCAGUCGCGGUCAGGCCACAGGACCGCUCCGUGUCCGUUAGCAACGCGCGCACGAGUCGCUGUCUUUCCCGUCCACGUGAGCGGACCACUUAAACCUGCGCGUAGACGCCGUGUAGGGACUGUACUUGUGCUUUAGCGACUUACUGUAACGGCGCGCCGAACACACGUGAAGAGACGAUCAGUGCUGGACUCGAGCUCUGUGUUACGGCCUGUUAAGAGGGGGAAAAAAAAGAAAAGAAAAAGAGAUGCACCUUGAUUUUGGACAUGACAGGAAGUCCAUGGACGUUGUACUUGGGCGGAAGCCUGGGAUGUAGAAUUUGACCCUAGGCUUCUGUAGAGACGUGUGUGUGUGUGCGUGUACGUGUGUGUGUGUGUGUGCGCUCUCCUGCACCGUUCAGGAGAGAGGAUGCGAGCAGCCAGUGAAGCGGCCUAGCCCCUCUCCUGCUUUUGCCUUCUCACAAGCCACCAGCCCCUCUGGCUUUGAAUGUAAAACGUUGUAAUGAAAACAUAAGCAAAAAGGUCGGCACGCCUAGCCCAGGAGACCGGGAGAGUUUAGCGACGGUAGUUUUCUGAAUGUCAUCUGUCACGAAGACGACUUAUUUAUGCACACGAGCGCAUCCAUGCACUGACCUGACAAGAAGCGAGGGGGAUCAGAUAGCAGCACGGGCCCUGUGAGGUCGCCGUAGCGGAGAGCGUUUUGCAAGUAAGAUUGUAACACAGUAAGAGCGAAAGAGGACUCUCCCCUCUUCCUCGUCCCCCCUCCCCCCCCUCCCCGUGUCUUUCUUUGUCGCUUGCGUUCGAAGUUAAUAAAUGGAGAAUUAAAAGGUC